CCAGGAUGGACCUAUUAAUGCCCCUACCUCAAAUAUAUGUAGAAAAAACUCUGGCCAUUAUCAAACCAGAUAUUAUUGACAAAGAGGAGGAGAUACGAGAUAUUAUUCUCAGAUCUGGAUUCACCAUUGUUCAGAGAAGAAAACUACAUCUCAGCCCUGAACAUUGUAGUAACUUUUAUGUGGAACAGUAUGGGAAAAUGUUUUUCCCCAAUUUAACAGCUUACAUGAGUUCUGGACCACUUGUUGCCAUGAUAUUAGCUAGACAUAAAGCCAUCUCUUACUGGAAAGAACUUUUGGGACCAAGUAAUAGCUUAAUAGCUAAGGAAACACAUCCAGACAGUCUAAGAGCAAUUUAUGGCACAGAUGAUCUAAGGAAUGCGCUUCAUGGGAGUAAUGACUUUGCUGCAGCAGAAAGAGAAAUUCGAUUCAUGUUUCCUGAAGUCAUCAUUGAGCCAGUUCCAAUUGGACAAGCUGCUAAGGAUUAUCUAAAUUUGUAUGUAACACCAACUCUGCUUCGAGGACUCACAGAGCUUUGUAAGCAAAAACCAGCAGAUCCGUUGACUUGGCUAGCUGAUUGGCUGCUGGAAAAUAAUCCCAAUAAACCUAAACUUUGUCAUUGUCCAGUUACAGAGGAACCCUAUUGAAAUAAAAUCCUCCAAAGAAAAAAUCAUUAUCUUAUUAUAAAAGGAUAUGCUUAUACUUUUUUUUAACUUACUUUUUAGGGAAUUAAAUAAUUAUAUGUGAAAUAAAUU